AGAAAAGGUAACUAUCGGUCAUUUUUGGGCGGCGGAGACACAACUGUUCUCUACGACCGGAGGUGUAACGUUUGAGUGACAGUGGACCAAAUAUUUUCAUACUAUAGUUGUGGGAUUCUUUAAACCAGCGUACUAUACAAAACUAGUGUGACCAUCACCACCGCUGCUUGCUUGCCUUCCCUACAUACCCUUCUAGAGAUCAAUAUGGGUCUCCAGGCAGACUCAGCUCUCCAGUCUAUCCUCCUCUUUCCAAUCCACCUACUGGUAUGGCUGUACUCCCUCCUGUCCUUCCUGCCCUGGUACUACAUCACCAGUGCCGGGGAAAGAAAAGCUCUGUCCAAGCGGAUAAAGGCCCGUUCCACUUCAGGCUGUCCUGAGGGACCAUACCGCUCUGUUGACCACUUUGACACCCUGGCGAGGGAAGACUUCCCAGGCAAGGACACGCUGGAUAAACUUUUCGAGCAUGCUGUACAGCGCUUCGGACAAGCACAUUGUCUCGGCACCCGAGAUAUUCUGAGCGAAGAGAAUGAGACUCAGCCUAGUGGCAAAGUAUUUAAAAAGCUGAUCCUGGGGGAAUAUAGAUGGCUGUCCUACAAUGAACUGGAUUCUGUAGUCAGUCAGUUUGGCAGUGGAUUGGCAGCUCUCGGACAACAACCCAAAAGCACUAUUGCAAUCUUCUGUGAAACCAGAGCAGAGUGGAUGAUCACUGCUCAGGCAUGCUUCAGGCGCAAUUUCCCAUUGGUGACAUUCUACGCCACACUGGGAGAGGAAGCCAUCGCGUUUGGACUGAACGAGACUGGUGUUACUCAUCUAGUUACCAGCGUGGAACUGCUCGAGACUAAGCUGAAAAAUGUGCUUCCACAGAUCCCCAAACUGAAGCAUGUGAUCUACGUGGACCAGAAGAAAGUGAGCACAGGAGGCUACCCAGCAGGACUCUCCAUCCACAGCAUGCAGGCCGUACGAGAGCUGGGCUCACUGCCGGAAAAUAUGGGGUGGGCAAUUGUGAAGCCCCAGCCCUCUGAUCUGGCUGUGGUGAUGUACACCAGUGGCUCCACAGGAAGACCCAAAGGAGUCAUGAUUGUCCACAGUAACCUGAUUGCAGGAAUGACCGGACAGUGCGAGCGCAUCCCUGGACUUGGGCCUAAAGAUACUUACAUAGCCUAUCUGCCCCUGGCCCACGUUCUGGAAAUGACAGCUGAAAUCUCCUGUGUCACGUAUGGCUGUCGGAUCGGAUAUUCAUCCCCCCAGACGCUGUCAGACCAGUCCACUAAGAUAAAGAAAGGAAGUAAAGGAGACUGCUCCGUGCUCAGACCCUCCCUGAUGGCAGCUGUGCCAGAAAUCAUGGAUCGCAUCAACAAGAAUGUGAUGAGCAAAGUGCAGGAGAUGAGCUUCAUUCAGAAGACGCUGUUUACGCUGGGCUACAAAUAUAAACUGGAGCAGAUCAAGAGGGGCUAUGACGCACCACUCUGCAAUGCCCUUUUGUUCCGUAAAGUCAAGAAACUCCUGGGAGGACAAGUGAGGAUGAUGCUGUCGGGAGGAGCCCCCCUGUCCUCCGCCACUCAAAGAUUUAUGAAUGUAUGUUUCUGCUGUCCGGUGGGUCAGGGCUAUGGCCUCACUGAAACCUGUGGAGCAGGCACCAUCACAGAGGUUGCAGACAUCAGCACCGGUCGUGUUGGAGCUCCUCUUAUUUGCUGCGAGGUCAGGCUCAGAGACUGGGUUGAAGGUGGCUACACCAGCAAAGACAAGCCGCACCCGAGAGGGGAGGUCCUGAUCGGCGGUCCCAACGUAACCAUGGGUUACUACAGGAAUGAAAGCAACGAUCAGGACUUCUUUGUGGAUGAAAAGGGGCAGAGGUGGUUCUGCACCGGCGACGUAGGAGAGAUUUACCCUGAUGGUUGUCUACAAAUAGUGGACCGCAAGAAAGACUUAGUCAAACUGCAGGCCGGGGAGUAUGUGUCUCUCGGUAAAGUGGAGUCGGCUCUGAAAAACUGCUCUCUCAUAGACAACAUCUGUGCUUAUGCAAACAGUGACCAGAACUAUGUGAUCAGCUUCGUGGUUCCCAACCAGAAAAAGUUGACAGAACUGGCCAAACAGAGAGGCAUAGUGGGAACAUGGGAGGAAAUCUGCACUCACCCCGACAUGGAAAGAGAAGUUCUAAAGGAGAUCAAGGUCAUGGCUGCUAACAUUAAACUUCAGCGAUUUGAGAUCCCAGUGAAGGUGCAUCUCAGUCCGGAGCCGUGGACCCCAGAGACCGGUCUGGUCACAGAUGCGUUCAAGCUGAAAAGGAAAGAGCUGAAGAACCACUAUCUCCACCACAUAGAGAGAAUGUACGGAGGCAAGUAACAGUUUCAACCAACAGUCCCAGAUAUCACCAUAACCACUAUUCUGAUCUAUAAAUAAUACUCCUGGUACCCGUUUUGGUUUGUCAUGCUGUGUGUGUACCAUGGACAUCCAAAUGAAAAUCUCUUGAACAGAAAAGCUGAAGCUGUAGAUAGUUGUCGCUGUUGAUCCAUACGUGCUUUUUAUUCUCGUGUUGAAGGUUUGAUUGUCAAAGAGAAGCACUGAAGUGGCAACACUUACUCCAUGACAAGUGUCUGAGACCAUAAUAGCAUUCAACUGCCAUCCACUUAAAUCUGUUGGCACUCACUUUGUGGUUGUCAAAAUGUACCACUGUUCUCCAUAUAUUGCUGAUGCUUUGUUGUUACUUCCAUUGAAAAUAUUAACUGUAAUCAUUGCAGAUGCUUUAAAAGCUCUUUUGUAAAGUUGGAGUACUCAUGUUACUGUGCCUUCAGUCUGCAGUACUUGUGUAGUCAAGCAGCAGUAAGUGGCAUCUAUAUAAAAACAAAUAGUUUGUGCGUUAAUUACAAAAAUGGCUACACUGCCAUGUCAAUGUUUACUUGAGGCUUUAGGAAAAAGAUCCCCACCCAGAGAUACACUGACAUGGAUCAUCGAGGGAAAAACAAGUUACUCAUGAUCAUGUCUGCUUAUCCACUUGUUUUUUUUUUCCUGACUGUUUUAUUUAUUAAUUUGUUGUUGUGUUGAUUUAUUCAGAAAGUAAGACCAAAAUGUGUAAACAUAAAUGACUCAGGAAGAUAAGCAAAUGUUUUAAUAUAUGAAACUGUCAAAUAGUGGGUUGUUUUUAUAGAAAGCACUUCUGUCAAAAUUCGUGUAGGCACCUUAUUUAUUACAGCGCAAGCAUGCUUAACUACUAAGUACAAAAAUGCUUUGAAGCAUUAGCUAUAGUCAGAACUGGUAAACUGUAAUACUGUGCGUAUUUUACCUCAGUUAACAGGCUAAUGUACAAUGUGGUAUAAAAAGGUUUUUCCGAAAUCUGUUCAUUUUAAUAUUCUAGGAGUGUUUUCUAUGUAUUUUUCCAAGUGUUGUGUUGAUGGAUUUGCAUCAGUAAACUUUAAAGGACGCAGAUAUUGACAGUCACUUUACAGUUGGUUGUUCAGUGAUCCUAUUUGUAUUUAUUUCUCCAUCAUUAUGAUCACAUGCCUUGUUAAACAUUUCAAAAAAUAAACAUCUUUUCAUAA